AUGAAGGACCUCGGCCCUCUUCACCGCUUCCUUGGCGUGUCUGUCACCAGGCGUAAUGGUGGGCUGUUUCUCUCUCAGCGGCAGUAUAUGCUGGAUAUUCUGGAGCGAGCUGGUAUGUCCGAUUGCAAGCCCUGUUCUACCCCUAUUGACACUUCUGCCAAGGUUUCUAGUGAUGGCGUCCCCGUGCCUGAUGCGACCGAUUACUGCGCCCUUGCUGGCGCCCUGCAGUAUCUCACUUUCACCCGACCCGACAUUGCAUAUGCCGUUCAGCAAGUAUGCCUCUAUAUGCAUGACCCCCGCGAGCCUCAUCUCGCUUUGGUGAAGCGGAUCCUGCGCUAUAUCCACAGUACUCUAGACUUUGGCUUGCAGCUGUACUCCUCCACUGUGUCCUCCUUGACAGCUUAUUCUGAUGCUGACUGGGCGGGCUGUCCUGACACACGGCGCUCCACGUCCGGGUAUGCUGUUUUCCUGGGUGAUAAUUUGAUUUCUUGGUCUUCCAAGCGUCAGCCGACAGUCUCUCGUUCCAGUACCGAGGCAGAAUACAGGGCGGUUGCUAAUGUUGUUGCUGAGGUGACCUGGUUGCGCCAACUUCUUCUUGAGCUUCACUGUCCUGUUCGCCAGGCGUCUGUUGUCUACUGCGACAACUUGAGCGCUGCUUAUUUGUCGACAAACCCAGUUCAGCAUCAGCGCACCAAGCAUAUUGAGAUUGAUCUUCACUUUGUUCGAGACAAAGUUGCUACUGGAGCUGUUCGAGUUCUCCACGUGCCUACUUCGUCUCAGUACGCCGAUAUCUUCACCAAGGGGCUGCCGACUUCUGUCUUCACUGAGUUUCGUUCCAGUCUCAAUAUUCGUGGCUGA